AUGCUGCGACUCGUCGCACGAUCGACUGUCUGCACACUCCUGGCUGUCGCGGCUAUCUUUCUGCUUCCAUUCUUGGCGUUCGGAAGCACGCCGCGAGGCUUCGUUUCCCUCAUUUUCUCCGUUCCUCUGUUUGGUCUUUUCCUUUUCGUUUACUGCACCCAAAUCGCUGCUGUACGUUUUCCCUUGGCCACAAACCUCUCUUCGGCGCGUGUUCCUGCGUGUCUGAAGCGAGGGGCUUGUGGAGUCACAGAGGACGGCGAGAAGUGCGCGCGACUAUCGAGCUCUCAGUCAACAGGCGGAGAGGCGCAGAACUCGCAUUCUCUUCUUCGCCUCUUUUCCCAUUACGCUGUAUCGCGUGUCUUCCCUCCCUGGAAGGAGGACUUUGCGUUCCCGUACCGCAUCGAAGGGCGCCAUGCGCUGAUCACUGGCGGAUCGAAAGGCAUUGGUCUGUCCCUCGCCUUGGCGUGUGUACGAAAACGCGCGAAAGUGAUCUCUCUUGUCGCCCGCACGCUCUCGGCUCUGGAAGAAGCUCAAGCCCUUUGCCUCACGGAGGCGAAAGCGAACUCGCUUUCUGUGGCGAUACAAAUCGUCCAGGCGGACCUGGCAGAUACCGCGACCGUUCACGAAACUCUUGAAAAUGCCACGAAUCUUGAGGGACAUGUGGUUUUUUCUGAUGGGGCGGACGAACUGAAGAGGUCCCUCGAGCGCGAGAUGAAGUUGUCUGCGCUGUCGAAAAAGAAGACCGGGCACGGCACUGGAUUUUGCCCGGUGGACUUCCUGUUUUGCAACGCGGCAGCAGUGGAGCCAAGAACCUUGGACGCGACGCCGUCUGCAGAUGUGUCCCGGAUCCUCGAUAUGAACGUGAAGUCGACAGUCCUUCAAAUCAAGGCGGUGCUGCCCUGCAUGCAACGCCGGCAGUUCGGGUGUAUCUGCUUCACAAACAGCUUGGCGGCGCUCGUCCCCAUCUACGGAUUUGCACUCUAUUCGGCGACGAAGGCCGCCUUCACGGCGCUCUUUACGGCUCUCGAACAAGAAACCGCCGGUUCAAACAUUCUCUUUGCAAAUGCGUAUCUCCCCUCCGUCGACACUCCCGGCUUCCAGCGAGAGAAAGAAGUCAGACCGGCGGUGACGGCGAAGCUUGAGGGUGGCGUCAGCGUGCGCUCCGCAGACGCCGUUGCGAAAGAUGUUGCCGAUCAGAUCGAAAGGGGAAGAAACUGCAUCACAGUCUGCGAAGAGGGAUGGCUCCUGAGCAGGCGCUCUGCGACGUUCUGCUUUGCCUCGUCGUUUGCCAACCUGGUCUUCGAAGUCCUUGGAGCAGGACUCAUAAGAUUGUACCUCGUCUGGAUGCGGGCGUCAUUCCAGUUCACUGCUGCUCGAGAGAGGAAACCGGUGGUUCCCGAGAGCAGUAAGUGA